CAUCGCAAGGGCAAAGCUCGGGCGUCAAGCCUUUGUGUGUUUGUGGACUUUAAUAGUUAGAUCUUUGAAGUAACUACACUCGCCGAGUUCGCACACUCGAUGUUUAUCGGAUUGUAGCUUCGACAAACAGUGGAACGGUUUCGGAAUGCAAUCACACGCGCAUUGUUAUCGCUCUGGAAAUAAUGGAUAAGUGGUGACCCUUUCAGAAUGAGCAGCAUUUGUAGGGAGAGGAGGCAAGACAAGAAAGUUGCGAGAAGAGAAGCGCCAAAGACAGCGGGCCGUUCGAAAAAAGAUGGGAACUCGAAGGAUAGCAAAAGGAAGUUUAGAAACGUCUGGAAGGAGACGUACGCGUGGUUGCAGUACGAGGAAAUCAAGAACACCAUGCAUUGCGUGCUGUGCAGGGAAGCUUACUUCGGUCAGGAAAAGUGCGUGCCGUUCGUGGAAGGCACAAACAACUUCAAGGUUUCGGUCAUCCAGAAGCACGAAAAGACGACGGCCCACAGAAACCUGCUGAACAAAAGCGAAGCCGAGAGGAAAAAAUUGGCCCACUCGUUCCGAACAAAAAAGAAGCCGCCCGAAGAUUCUCGAUCCCGGUUCGAGCUUCUGUUCAAGACCGUGUACGAGAUACAGAAGAGCAAGCUCUCGUUCUCGCAGUUCCCCGUUCUCGUGAGCCGUCAGAUCCAGAACGGGGUGCCGCUCGAAGGUCGGUACACGAACCACCACCACGUCGUGCCGGACUUCUCCAAGUACAUCGCCAUGUCGAUGAUUAACGACACGGUGGCCGACAUUUACCAAGCGAAACACUUCGGCAUCGUGCUUGACGACGUUUCGGACGUUGUAGGAUCGCGCAAGGACGCUGUCUACAUCACUUACCUCAAGGACUGUGCCAAACGCACAAAGUUCUUGGGGCUCGUCGAUAGCGACAACGGAGUGGGCAUCGCACUCGCGAUGGUGCAGAUGCUCGCGAAAUUUGGAUUGCCCUCGCCUUUCGAGAAGCUCUUGUGCCUAACAACGGACGGCCAAACCGUCCACCAAGCGGACGGCGGCCUGCAAAUGGCGUUGGCAAAAGAAGCGCCCGUUCUCUACACCAUGGACUGUCUGGUGCACAAGCUCGAGAGUGUGGUCAAGCCGGUCCUCUUCAGGCAUUUGCAAGUCAGAGGCUGCACUGACAAGUUGUACAAGUUGUUCUGCUUUUUCAGAGACCUGCAGAAGAAGACGGGCAGUACGGUGGACAUAUGGACACCGUCCAGCCCCGCCGAUCAACACGCUCGUUCCCCCAACCCACAGCUGCUAGUCCUCAACCUCAAGUUCCUAACUGCCAUCAUUGAAAAAUGGAGCAGUGUCACGUCGUUCCUGAAGGAUAAUUACCACAACUUUGACCGUAAGCUUCGGCCCGAUGCAUCUGAAAUCCUCACCUGCCUCAAGAGCUCUGUGUUCAUCGCCCACGUCCACCUGCUACGAGAGAUCUUCAAGACAUUGAAUGCUUUCCUAGAAAAGACGACUGGCUCGUUGUCUCCUGCCUGUUACACAGUGAUCGAUGAGCUGAAGGCUACUGCGACGCUCAUCACCAAUCAGAUCUCGUUGGGCCCAUCUCUGGUGCCAGUCCUGCAUGAGCUACAAGAAAGAACCGGAUUUUUCCAAGGCAUGGCUGUCACGCAAGAUUUUGACAUCGAGACAUUUCACAUCAUAGCUGAGGAUGUGUGCCGGUGCGUGUCGCAGCAGGUGCUCCAGGUGGCUAGUCAGUGCUCAGAAUCCCUGCUCAAGUUUUCGGUGCUGGAUCCAAAAAACUGGCCAGAAGAUUCUGACAAGCAUUUUGGUGCGUACGGAAUUGAAACUAUCAGGGAGCUGAGCAACGAGAUGCAUUCGUUGCUGCCCGAGAAACCCAUAUCGGAUAUCAUACUGGAGUGGUGUUCCUACAAGUUUUUUGUGCCUAGGAGUCUAGCGGGGUGUCUGCGGAAAGAUUUCAUCAAUCUGGCCGCCACCGUGGUUUCCAGGUUCAGUGUGGUCUAUCCCACUAUCUGCACAUUCCUCACUGCGGCCGCUCUGCUCUCACCGUCGUGCAAGGUGACGUGCAAGGGCUUCGAAGAACUCUGCGUCAUCAAGGAAUCUCGGAAGAAUGUUCUCACCGAUGACACGCUGUGGCAGACAAUGGUCAUCAAUGUAAAUGGGGCACCACUUGAACAGUGGGAUCCAGAGCCUGUGGUUGACUUGUGGUUGAAAACGAGUCUGCGUAGGCCAAACAAUAGAACUUCAACUAAGCAUGCUUUAGACACUUGUAACAAGCAGGAGACCCCCCAGGUUGACAAUUCGGCACUCUUGCAGGGCUGUCAGGUUGUCGUCAUAACGGGUGAAUUAUGCGAUCUACCCAUGGUCUGCAGUGGCGAUGGGUCAUGUUAAUAGAGCAGUCUCUUGCAUGUAGUCAUCUGUAGCUUGUCUUAUGCAUGGCCUUUUUUAAAAAGUACGAACAAUUCUAGGUUUGGCCAAUUCAUGUGCUUUCAUAUCGUGUCAUCUGCUUCAACGAAGAACCAGUUUUCUCAGCAGUGUAGCAGAUUGAGCAGUCAUCUUUGGCAACAUAUAAUCAGUGAUGAUGAUACGGGUGACACUGAUAACUUAUGUUCGAAACCCCAAAAGUUGGUGAACGUUUGGGCACUCGGAAAAAGGGAAAAGCUCAGAGUUCUCACAAACAAGCACAUGCUGAAUUUUCUUAGAACAAACCUAUUUAUUUAUUUCAAUGAGGAAAAAGCAUGUGUGCUUACAGAGGAAGCAGCAAGAUACAAUUGUGUAGGUGAUCUUUACUCUCGCAUCUGAGCUGUCACAGCAAUUUCUUCAUGAUAAGCUUAUCACAACUACAAAGAGAGAAACUGAGGCCUGUUUUUUUAAAACUCAGCCUCAUGAAGCCAUUAGAUGAUGAUGCCAAGGAAAGAAGGAUGAACAAGUCAGGCCAGCUCACGCGUGGCUGAAACAAGCUUGCUUUGUUUUUUUCCUGCUUUAUCGUGAUAGCACUUAUACAGAAAUACUAGGCAUGUUAACAUCACCUCUGUGCUGUGACACACAAACUGCACAUGAAGUGUGUGGCAAGUUUGUAGAUUAUUUCUGAAAACUUACGAUGAAAAAAGUGUGGAGUGUGUUCCCUUUAUCAUCCAGUGCAUUCUGUCUCUUUUCAUUCGUGCUGCAAUUUUCUAGCAAAAAAAAAAAAUAAUUCCCUACCAAGUAGUCUAUCUAACCACCCUGUUGCAUUAGGCUUGUAGAAAUGCUACAGAUGCACAGUGUACACAAGAUGAUGCAAAGUGGUGACUGAUGCCAUAGUGGUUAGCUCCACUGGCUGUGUAGCAAGCCAGGUUGACAUUCUGCUGCUGACAUGAACACUGUGCACAUGAAUACUAGCAGAGUCCAAUAGUAGAAUCGACUGGUCAUGAAACUUCAGGCAAGGUAGCAGCGAAUGAAGAUGCAAUUUUUACAGCUACAGGCAUAUCUGGAGAGGAUUGAGUGGCUCAAUGUCUCAAGCAAUGGCUUUGUAGUUACUCUUACAGCCACAAUCUCCUACCUAAUAUUCAAUCGUAGAUUGGUUGAGUAAUGGCUGCAUUGUGUAGUUACAGCCACAAUCUCCUACCUAAUAUUCAAUCGUAGAUUAGUUGAAUAAGGGCUGCAUUGUGUAGUUGCACAUCUAUGCAAGAUUUAUGCAAGUACUGAAAUGUUUACAUCAGUUGAGUGAACAACGAAACGGUAACUACAGCCCUGUGCAGUCUCAAAGUACUUGAUUUGCCACACAGAUAAGUUUGCUUCUUUUUGGCAAUACUGAUGGCUGCUGAGCUUCACUGUUUCGUGCUGCGACUUCACGAUAUCACUUCUAUAUGAAGUACCCACUGAUACGAAUGUUGUCAUAUUCAUGUAAAUGCUUCUUCAAUGCCAACAUUUUGGCAGCUGAAGAAGAAGCUCCCCAUUUCCUGACGAGGCACUUGCUUCAGCUUCUUGCUCCGUCAUGCUGUGUCCCAGGCUGGUGAACACAGGCAAUUUUCACCGAAGUGAGGCUGCAGCUCUGAACCAAACUUCAACCUUGUUUUCACAUCUGCUGAGAAUAACUUUAGCUCCUCCACAUGCUGUGAAAGGUUCCUAAAACCUGACAUGACAGGUUGGAGGAAGUGCAACUUCCUAAAACCUGUUAUUUAAGGCAGCAACAGAAUUGCGCUGCUGAACAUGACAUUAUAGAUUCAAUACAUGAUGUGGUGGACAGGUUUUUGAUACGCAAAGUGCAAGAACUGCUCUUGUACUUAGGUGUCGGUGCAAAUAGCUAUGAAUUGACAAAAUUUAUGGAGAACCCUCAUUCUCAUCUCAGUACGGAAACGUGUCGUCAUGUGUUGAACACUUUUCAAAAUGGUAAUAGUUCCACCUAAGAUUUUCAUUGAGUCAACAAUCUUUAGGCAUCGACAAGCUUCAUUCCUCCAAUUGCAAAAUGUAUGCAGCGGUGUUUGGUUGAAUUAGCCAACACUGUUUUACUUGUGUGUUAAAAGUCUGCUGAUGUGCAUCACCCCUCGUAAUGUAUGGCCUCUGUACUUAGGGCCGUUCUUCGUUGAAGCAGCUGGUUUGCAUGUUUAUACACGUAUCUAAUAUUUGCAUGCCAACUUAAGGUCUGUUUGAUUCAGCACAAGUACCCGCUGCAUUGACUUGAUAGCUGUGGGAUUCUGCGGCAAAGUGGGAAAUGAUUGGUUUGAUAGAUGAUCGUGGCAGGUGCGUUUCAAAGCAGGCAGAAUAUUACAGUGUUUGUGCACAAAGUUUCGAGCAUUUAAUGAUUACAGCUGGCCAGAAGUGUACUAAAUACCUAUCACAGUCUCCCUCAUGCAGAGAGAGUGAAAGACAAUGGAAAGACAGGGUAGCCAGUUUGUAGAUUAACGAAGUCUAGGAGCUCUGCGUUGUGUGGUUUUUCCAGUUGGUAGGAAUGUUCGUUUGCUUGUUCUCAUCAUAAAAUGGGGGGCUAUUUUCUAUGCGCAGUCUCUGGAUGUCCCUUGUCAAACUGUGUCAUCUUAAAGUGUGACCAGAGCAGCUGCAGAAGCCCGACUAGUGCUUCCGCCGGGUGUUGAACUGCGAAGUAGGCUCAAGAUCACUCCUGGCCAUGCGGUUGGCCAUUAUGCAACAUUAAUGUUUGGAAAAAGAUUUGCCAUCCUCACCUAAGGACAACCCUAUCUUGCGAGAAUUUAGAAAUUGCGCAUGGAUAUAAAGAUACUGCUGUUGGAACAGCCCAGGUACGUGUGCGGAGCAAACCUAAACUCUGCAAAUUCAGCCAGUCCUGAGGUUUCCCUUGUGUGUGCAGAAUGUGCCAACGAGCUCGGAAUAUCCUAGAUUAAGUGUUUUGGCACUUCAUCCUUGCAAUCAACCAGCUGUACUUUGUAAAAAUGCAAGCUAGAGCUGCUCUGGUAAAAUAAAAAAAAAAGGCUAACUCAACUUGCACUGAAAAUGCAGACCUGACACGAGAUGCACGGAUGCUGGCAUGCUGCGAUUGUCAAUUGAACACCUUCCGUAAAGUGUUGCAGGUGAAUUGAAUAAGACCUUGCAUGUUUUUACCAUACGCUAUUGCGAAUGUGGAAACCCACCGAAAUAAAAUAUUGUCAUCGA